AUGAGCAAGUCGAUGCGUGACUUCGUUGACGGCGAGGCCGAGCUCGAUGAUGAGGAUGACGAGUCCAUGGAUGAAGAUGCCGAGCCCGUUUCUCGCAGGAGGAACGUUGCCCCUGAGGAUUCUUCCGAGGAAGAAGAAGACGACGAUGACGAGGAGGAGGCGCGUAAGAUUCGCGAAGGUUUCAUCGUCGACGAGGAUGAAGAGGAAGAAGGCGAGGACUCAGAUGCCCAAGAACGGAUCGUGAAGAGGAAGCGCGAGCACCGCGAUCGGGAAGAAGAGGAGCAGCUUGACGAGGACGAUUUGGAACUCAUUGGAGAACAGAUCGAACGUCGAGCACCCACACAACCAAAAUUCAAACGUUUGAAACGAGGACAUCGAGACGAAGAUGAUAGAGGCCCCGAGCGACGCGGCUUGGAAGACAUGUUUUCGGACGAGGACGAGGAGGCCAACGAACAAAGACACUACGGCCGAGCGAAUUACCGCUCCCAAGCUGACGAAUUCGAUGACUUUAUUGAAGAGGACUUCCCCGAGGACGAGGACGAGCGAGCGCGUCAACUCGAAGAUGCAGAAGUGGCACGGCCGCGCGACAAGGGCGUGGGCGGUGUCGUGGACACCACUGGCCUUGAUAAGGAUGCUUUGGAGGACAUGGAAGCCAUUUUCGGUAACGGCGAGGACUACGACUGGGCUCUGCAGAUGGAAGACGAAGAAGAGGAUCGCGAGCGUGAAGAGCAAACCAUCGAGCUUAAGGACGUCUUCGAGCCGUCUCAGCUGAAGGAGAAGUUGCUCACCGACGAGGACAACCAAAUCCGAUUUACCGACGAGCCCGAAAGAUUCCAGCUGGACCGAAAGCCAUUCAAGCAUCUGCAAAUAACUGCAGAGCAAUUCAAGGAAGAAGCCAGGUGGAUCGCAGCUUUGAUGUGGCCCAAAAAACUUCUCCAGUCUGAACUUCAUUCGCCCUUCACCAAGGCUAUCGGCAAAGUUCUUGAGUUCUUCGUCGUCGACGACGUUGAAGUGCCGUACGUCUUCCAACACCGCAAGGACUACUUGAUUCACGCCAAGAAAACGAAGAACCCCGACCAUCGCGAUGAUCCCGACGCCCCUGAGUACAUCGUCAGCGCCGACAAGCUGCUUACUCAGGACGACUUGUGGCGCAUUCUCGAGCUUGACAUCAAGUUUCGCUCUCUUAUUGAGAAGCGGAACUCGUUGGAGAAGGCAUUUGAGAGCCUAAAAGAGUCGGCCAGCGUUAACGAUGAUGUCCUGACAGACAUGAUUUCCCAGGCUGCCACCAUGGAGGAGCUGCAGGACCUCCAGGACUACCUCCACUUCCAGUACACGGCCGAGCUGAAGGACCUGUCUUCAAUCAACGGCAAUGGCAAUCAGAUGAAGCGUCCGGGCUCAAAAUCGAACUUGUUUGACCGCAUUCGCAGAAGCAAAGCAGCCGGCUUUGUCCGCGCUUAUGGCAUCACCCCUGACCGUUUCGCGCAAAACACUCUUCGAGAGGGCAACAAAGUCUUUGCUGAUGAUCCCAGCCAACUCCCCGAUGACCUCGCUGACUCGCUCACCGAUGAGGACUUCCAGACUGGUGAUUCCGUUGUAAACGCUGCUCGCCAGAUGUAUGCGGAAGAGUUAUUCGCCAACCCCCGCAUGCGGAAACACUUCAGGAUCAACUUCUACCAGAUGGGCGAGAUAAACUGUCGUCGAACGGAAAAGGGUCUGAAGAAGAUCGACGAGUCGCAUCCGUUCUACGAAGUCAAGUAUCUCAUCAACCAGACAAUUGCCGAUGUUGCUCGACAGCCUGAACUCUACCUCAAGAUGAUGAAGGCUGAGGAAGAGGGCCUCAUUGAGGUCAAGUUGACUUUGGAGAAUGAGGACGGCUUUAAGCGCCAAUUACGCCAAGAAUUUAUCUCGGACAACUACAGCGAAAUUGCUGAUCGGUGGAAUGAGGAACGUCAAAAGGUGCUUGAUAUUGUUGUUCCCCGCCUUUCAAAGAUCAUCGCCAAGGGUGUCAAGGAGUCACUUCGUACAGCGUGUCAGGAGGAGGUGCUCAAGUCUUGCCGCGAAGAGUACGCCAAGAGACUCGAUCAAGCACCGUACAAGCCCAAGGGCAUGAUUCUCGGUACCGUGCCUCGAAUCAUCACGUUGUCCAACGGUAUGGGAGAUCCCGCCCGAGAUGCCACUUCAUGGGUCUCAGUCGAGGAGGAUGGUCGCGUCAUUGAACAGGGCAAGCUUGGCAAUCUCGCGCGUGACGAAGCCGCCCGUGCGGAAUUUGUUGACAUCGUCAACAGACGCCGCCCCGAUGCCAUCGGUGUCAGUGGCUUUUCCGCAGACACCCAGAAGCUUGUUAGAGAUUUGGAGUCGUUGAUCAACGAAAAGGGCCUGAUGGGCCCUGAAUUCGACGAUCCUGAGCUUGGCGAAUACAGGACCGAGCCCCUCGAAGUUAUCAUCGUCAACGAUGAAGUUGCCCGUCUGUACAAGGACAGUCCGCGAGCAGUGGCUGAACACCCGACCCUUAGCCCUCUCACGAGAUACUGCAUCGCUCUGGCGCACUAUAUGCAGAACCCGCUGAAGGAAUACGCUGCUCUAGGCAAGGACAUUGCGUCGUUGGCUUUCCACCCUUGCCAGAACCUUCUGCCCCAAGAAAAGCUACUCAAACAUCUGGAGUCAGCGAUGGUCGACAUGGUGAACCUGUGUGGCGUGAACAUUAACGAGGCUAUCGGGGAUUCAUACACGGCUAAUUUGCUGCCUUAUGUUGCUGGCCUUGGCCCGCGCAAGGCUACCAGUGUCAUCAAGGCUAUCAACGCGAAUGGCGGAUCUGUCAGCAGCAGAGACGAGCUGGUCGGUGAUCCGGACAGCGGAAAACUGCCAGUCGUGGGCCCUAGAGUAUGGAACAACUGCGCCAGUUUCCUGUUCAUCGACUACGAUGCGACAAAUCCAACCUCCGAUCCCCUGGACAAUACUCGUGUCCACCCCGAGGACUACGAACUUGGUCGCAAGAUGGCGGCUGAUGCUUUGGAACUCGAUGAGGAAGACGUCAAGGCCGAGACAGAUCAUAACGGCCCCGGGGCCAUUGUCCGCAAGCUUUUCAAGGAGGACGAACAGGAGAAGGUCAAUGAGCUCAUUUUGGAGGAGUAUGCCGAGCAGCUGGAGCGAAACUACAGUCAAAGGAAGCGCGCGACCCUCGAAACCAUCCGAGCCGAAUUGCAAGCGCCGUACGAAGAACUUCGACGCAACUUUGCCGCACUUGGCGCGAACGAGAUUUUCACAAUGUUUACUGGCGAGACGAAGGACACUCUUGCUCAGGGCAUGAUCAUUCCGGUGAACGUUCGGGUUGUGAAGGACGACUUUGCGAUUGUGAAACUCGACUGCGGUAUUGAGGGUCGUAUCGAGUCGCACGAUGGCCCCGACGGCGUACGGGUACGAGGCAUUCUCUCGACGGGGCAAACGGUACAAGCCAAGGUUCUGGAUGUGAAUUACAAGGACUUUAUUGCCAAGCUCUCCGCCCGCGAUGCCGAAGUCAAGCGCCCGUACAAGCGGCAGCUCUACCACGGUCAUGGGCAGUGGGAUGACAGACUCGAGGCAGCCGAUAAGGAAGAGCUGCGCGAGAAGGAUAAGACCACGGGUCGCACUCAGAGAGUCAUCAAGCACCCCAUGUUCAAGCCUUUCAAUGGUUUGGAGGCAGAGCAAUGGCUUGGUACUCAGCCAGCCGGAGAAGUCAUCAUCCGUCCCUCUUCCAAGGGCAACGAUCAUCUUGCUAUUACCUGGAAGGUCGCCGACGGUGUCUUCCAGCAUGUUGAUGUCUUGGAAUUGCAAAAAGAUAAUGAGUUCUCGGUCGGCAAGCUGCUCAAGGUGGGCGGAAAGUUCACCUACAAGGAUCUUGACGAACUGAUCCACGAGCACAUCGAGGCCAUGUCUAGAAAGGUGGACGAGAUGAUGCAGCACGAAAAGUUCGAGAAGCGCUCCAAGCCAGACCUCGAGAAAUGGCUUACAACGUACAUUGACGCCAACCCCAACCGAUCCGCCUACGCCUUCUGCAUCGACACCAAGCACCCUGGCUACUUCUGGCUCUGCUUCAAGGCCAGCCGUUCGUCGCGAGUCAACUCCUGGCCUGUCCGCGUCAUUCCCGGUGGCUUCGAGCUGCUGAAACAGGCCUACCCCGACAUGAGAGCGCUCUGCAACGGCUUCAAGAUUCGGUACCAGACUGAGAUCACCAAGAUGCAGAAGGGCGGUAGAUAG